AUGGCGGCGGCAGCAGCAAGACCAGGACUAGGUUUUGUCUCUCCAACAAAACCCAUUUCUCACGGUGGUCCAUCUUGCAUUCUCAGCAAAGGCGUUACUGGGUCGCCGGAGAGCCACCGGUACUACCUUGCACGACGUACAGUUUUGGAAAUGCUAAGAGACAGGGGCUGUCUUGUUGAUGAGUCAGAGAUUGGUUGGUCUCUUGAAGAGUUUCGGGCGGUUUUCGGAGACAGCCCGGAACCUGAUCAGCUUCGAAUUUGUGCUCCUUUGGCUUCUAGACCAUCCAAAAAGAUUCUUGUAAUUUUCUCUGGUCCGGCGGAUAUCAACAAAGCAAAAGCCAUUUUCAUCUUAAUGAAUAUUCUGAACAAAGAGAGCUUGCACAGAAUUAUCAUAGUCUUGCAGGGCAACAUGAACCACUUUGCUAGGAAAGAGUUUGACUCGUGCCAAGUCAAAGUGGAAUAUUUCCCAAUAACUGAGCUGUUUGUGAUCAUUAAGACACAUGUUGCAAUGCCAAAGAUUGAAGCAUUGACUGCUGAAGAGAAGGAGUGGUUGCUUUUGAAGUACAAAAUUGAUGACAUUCAGCUACCAUCUAUGAAGGAAAGUGAUGCCAUAUCAAGGUACUAUGGGCUAGAGAAAAAGCAGGUGGUCAAAGUGACUUAUAGCGGUGAGAUAACAGGCCACUUUGUCAACUACUGCUAUGUGAUAUGAAUCGUUGCUAGGAACAUAUUACUGGAAUGGAGUUCAUAACUACAGUAGGUCUUUUGGUAGGGUUAACCUUUUGAUUGUUGCACUCGCCUGCAAUUUAAACUUUUAACCUCAAAGUAAAUUGUGGAUUAAAUCUAA